CCAAGCCCUUUAUAAUUGAGCCGCACCUUCCUCGCCAAAUCAGUUCUUCGUUGCCGUCCGAGAAGAGCCGCUGGGCCGCCGCCGUCCGAGAUUGCCGGAGUUUUCUUCCCAAUUUAUUAGUGAAACCAGACCGGUAAGCAUCACCGGGGAUUCACCGGAGUUUCAAGGCGAAAUUGAUAAAUUUGUUUAUUUAAAUUACUUGGUGUGAAAAGAACAGUCUUUCCGGCGUCGUCUGCAAUGGAAGCUUCGGCGAAAACCCAUCAAAACAAGAAGCAGAAGAUCGGUGAAGCUUCCCAUGAGGAUAGAGAAGAUUUGGGUUCCUCCUCAGAUGACAGGCAUGUAAUUCAAGCAGAUUUCAUUUAUUGCCUCGUGAGCAUGAAGAAGACACAGAGGGAUAGUUCAAAUAAUCGAAGUGAAGAAUAUUGUGAUGUAUUUCCUCAACCUUUUUCUAGGUCACUAAUCGAGUUGAAAGACGGAACCUAUUCCCAUAAUUCCUCUGCACGUGCUUGUUGUGUUCUGAUGCUUGAUGCGUUGGUCCAGAGGCAAGAAAAUGAUGAAAGGGCAGUAACUUAUCGUUAUGUCAAUUUCAGAUGUGAACCUCAUGAGCAACAUGGAAUGGUUGCCUUUGUGGAAGUUGAUCUAUUGGGACUUCAUUCAAGCCAAAUUGGUAAAGGUGGGAGAAUGAACUUCAAGAUUCUUGUGAAAAUAAUAGAGGAGCCAGGAAUCUUUUUUGCAUUUGGUUCUGCUGAAAAUUAUGGAUGGGCUUUGCAACCCAGUCUCAAUCGAAAGUAUUUCUAUUUUAGAGGCUUGCCGCUUCGCAGACUGGCUAAGCAUGCAGUUCCUACUAAGCCACUGCCACACGUCUUGGAUUCACCUGUGGAAGCACAUUUCAUGAGGGUGAAUGGCAGAAAACAGCAAGGGGAUUGGUCGUCCCUCCCGGCGCUUCCCCUAUUGAUGAUAAUGGAUAGACUAGACAUAUUUGACAGCAAACGCCUCACUGCUGUGUGUAGAGAUUGGCGGGAUACGUCGUUGCGGUAUCCCAAAAACAUGCAUUCGGUCGGGGACGGGGUGCCCUGGAUUUGGCAUGCGAAACAUGGAAAAGAAAGCCGUUCACGUGAAUUCAUCUGUGUCCCCGACGGGAAUCGCAAGUUCCAGGUCGACAUGCCCGAAUUCGCUCAUUCUACACUCCUAUUCUCAAAAGGAGGCUGGAUUCUUCUCCUGCGCCAAAACGGCGGCGUUGGCUUUCCUAUUUUGUUUCUGGUGAACCCUUUCACGAGGGAUAAAAUUGAAUUGCCAAAGAGAGAAGAAGGCAGCAAAAACACAAAGUGUUAUGGCUCAUUUACGCUGCGCGACUCCGACGGUUAUCCUAACCGCGUCAUCCUCAUUACCCCAGAGCUUCCUUUUCAGGCAAGCAUUCAUACGGCGCGUCCUGGGGAUGAUGAAGUGUGGGCCAGCCAUGAUUACACCGGACUGGAGAGGACGUUUCUAACAAGCUUUAUCCAUGUCACGAUCGGAGACAACGUGUAUUGCCAAGACCCUUAUGGCUACAUAUCAAUUUUCAACGUGGCUAACAACUCAGUGAGGGUUUUACCGCCGGUGCCGUCUGGAGGUUUCAUUUCAGAGCAUGGGGGGGAGUUGAUUUUCGUGGAGCACGGCACGAGUGUGGAGAGGAAAUACAGGUCAUUUGUUCUGGUGCACAAGUACAACGGCGAGUCCUCCUCGUGGGAGAGGCUGAGCCGCGGCGCAGUGAUGGGCACGGCUUGGUAUCUGUGCAAUGGACAGCCGGUUGUUGCUGCGGCGAAGGGAGGAAGAAGAAGGGGUCUGGAGAUUUACAAGCUUGUUCAGAGAAUGGAAUGGUCCAGGUUGGGGGUGAGGUCGCGUCACAAGUGUACUCAUUAUGAUGUUUGUGUCACCGAUUUGCUAACAGGGGAACGAACAACAUUCCGCCUUCCACUUGCCGAUCACAAGUCUCUUCUCUGGGUGGCCAUCGGAUGAUCGGCCGGCUCACUGUACACUCGUACAUAUAUAAUACUUGGAUAUUAUUACUCCUCUGGUCUCAAACUAACUAAAUUGUCUUUUGACUA